GUCACCCUCCAGAUCCAAAGAUCGCUGCAGUGUUUGCUCAGGGCCUGAGCCGUGAAGGGUCUCCCUGUAUGGAUCAGAAGGCUCGCCUUCAGGAGCCUCACCUGUCUGACCUUUGUGGCUGACCCACACUCUGGAUCUGGAUCUGAACCGGUGCCUUAAGGGUGUUCAUACAGAGGCUGGGAUCGUCUUCAUCUAACACGGAAGCGGAGGAGCACCAGAACCUGCGCUCAUGAUUCAGGUGUGAAAAAUGGAAGAACUGAGCUAAGGAUGGGAUCAGUGUCGUCGUUCUUUGGAGCGUUGUGUGGAGGGGAGACAAAGAAAGAGGAGGAGAGGCUCCUGCGAGCGAAUGACAGAGCCUUCAACCUAUCUCAGCAAUAUGCCAACAACGCCAUCAAGACCUCCAAAUACAACGUUUUCAGCUUCCUGCCUCUGAACCUGUUCGAGCAGUUCAGCAGGCUCGCCAAUGCCUACUUCCUCCUCCUCCUCUUCCUUCAGCUAGUCCCCCAAAUAUCCUCAGUCCCCUGGUUCAGCACUGCCAUCCCACUCACCAUAGUGCUGUCUGUAACGGCAGUCAAAGAUGCUAAUGAUGACAUUAACAGACACAAACAAGACAAGCUAGUCAACAACCGCCUGGUGAAAGUCCUCUUAAAUGGAGAGCUGAGAGAGGAAAAAUGGAUGAACGUUCAGGUUGGAGAUAUAGUCAAACUGGAGAGCAACCAGUUUGUCACAGCGGACCUCCUGCUGCUGUCCAGCAGCGAACCUCUCAACCUGAUCUACGUGGAAACGGCCGAGUUGGACGGUGAAACCAACCUGAAGGUGAAGCAGGGCCUGACUGUCACCGGAGAGAUGGGAGACGACAUCGAAGCUCUUUCUGCCUUCAGAGGUGAAGUUCGAUGUGAACCUCCAAACAACCACUUGGACAAGUUCAAAGGGACCCUGACUUUGGACGGGCAGCAGUACGGGCUGGACAACGACAAAGUUGUCCUCAGAGGGUGCACUGUGAGGAACACUGAGUGGUGCUUCGGCUUGGUCAUCUUCGGAGGUCCUGACACCAAGCUCAUGCAGAACAGUGGCACAACCACGUUUAAACGGACCAGCAUUGAUCAGCUGAUGAACAUCCUGGUGUUGUGUAUCUUUGGCUUCCUGGCAACCACGUGUGCCAUUAUGACGGUAGGCCACGCCCUCUGGGAGGAGAAGGAGGGCUCGGCCUUCACGGCGUUUCUUCCCCGUAAACCAGGCGUUGACAUUCCCCUGUCGUCCUUCUACUCCUUCUGGUCCUACGUCAUCGUCCUCAACACCAUGGUGCCCAUUUCUCUCUAUGUCAGCGUGGAGAUGAUCCGUCUUGGGAACAGCUUCUUCAUAGACUGGGACAGGAAGAUGUACCACCCUGGUAAAGACACUCCUGCUCAGGCGAGGACCACCACGCUCAACGAGGAGCUGGGCCAGAUUAAAUACAUCUUCAGCGACAAGACCGGCACUCUGACCCAGAACAUCAUGACCUUCAACAAGUGCUCCAUCAAUGGAAAAAACUACGGGGAGCUGUAUGACUUUUCUGGACACAGAAUUGAAAUAACUGAGAAAACGCAGAGAUUGGACUUCUCCUGGAACCAGCUGGCAGAUCCGAAGUUCAUCUUCCACGAUUACAGCCUGUUGGAGACCAUAAAGGAGGGAAACCCAGAAGCUCAGGCCUUCUUCCGCCUGCUGGCUCUGUGUCACACCGUCAUGCCCGAGGAAAAGAAGGAGGGGGAGCUCAACUAUCAGGCUCAGUCCCCUGACGAGGGCGCCUUGGUGACCGCAGCGAGGAACUUUGGCUUUGUUUUUCGCUCGCGCACGCCAGAGACCAUCACACUCAUGGAGAUGGGGAAGAAAGUGACGUACGAACUUCUGGCUGUUCUGGACUUCAACAACACGAGGAAGAGGAUGUCAGUAAUAGUUCGUGACCCUGAAGGAAAAAUGAAGCUGUACUGCAAAGGCGCAGACACCAUCAUCUAUGAGAGGCUACACCCCUCCUGUAACAAGCUGAAGGACGUCACCACCGGACACCUGAACGAAUAUGCAGGCGACGGCCUUCGCACUCUGGUUCUGGCCUACAAGGACCUGGAGGAGAGCUACAUGGGGCGCUGGAUGGAGCGCCACCAUGAGGUCAGCACGGCCAUGGAGGGAAGAGAGGAGGGACUCGAUGAACUUUAUGAGGAAAUCGAAAAAGACCUGAUGCUGUUAGGAGCCACAGCUGUGGAGGACAAGUUGCAGGACGGCGUGCCUCAGACCAUAGAGCAGCUGGCUAAAGCCGACAUAAAAAUCUGGGUGCUGACUGGUGAUAAACAAGAAACGGCAGAAAACAUCGGCUAUUCCUGCAACAUGCUGAGAGAAGAGAUGAAGGACAUUUUUAUUGUGGCUGCCAACACAGCUGACGGGGUCAAAGAGGAGCUGCAGAAUGCCAGAAGGAAAAUGUGUCCUGGAGCAGCGGAGGAGCCAAAGGUGAUCAAAGCUCGAGCGGGUCUGCUUUGGCUGCAGAAGACCCAGACGGUGCUGGAUGAGAACGUAGAUGGAGAGUAUGGCCUGAUCAUAAAUGGACACAGCUUGGCCCACGCCCUGGGACAGGACCUGGAGCUGGAGCUGCUGAGGACUGCAUGCCUGUGCAAGACGGUCAUCUGCUGCAGGGUCACUCCUCUGCAGAAGGCGCAGGUGGUGGAGCUGGUCAAGAAAUACAAGCAGGCUGUAACUCUGGCCAUUGGAGACGGAGCCAACGACGUCAGCAUGAUCAAGGCGGCUCACAUCGGUGUGGGCAUCAGCGGGCAGGAAGGGAUGCAGGCCGUUCUCUCCAGCGACUUCUCCUUCGCCCAGUUCCGGUACCUGCAGCGCCUCCUGCUGGUGCACGGCCGCUGGUCUUACAUUCGCAUGUGCAAGUUCCUGCGCUAUUUCUUCUACAAGAACUUCACCUACACCCUGGUCCACUUCUGGUACGCCUUCUUCUGUGGCUUCUCGGCACAGACCGUGUAUGACGACUGGUUCAUCACCCUGUAUAAUACGGUUUACACCGCUACUCCAGUUCUUGCCUUGGGCCUCUUUGAGCAGGAUGUGAACGACCGCUGGAGCUUUCACUAUCCCCAGCUCUACUCUCCUGGCCAGCUCAACAAGUUUUUCAGUAAAAAAGUUUUUGUCCGCAGCAUAAUGAUCAGCUGCUACACCUCCCUGGUCCUCUUCUUCAUCCCCUGGGCCGCCAUGCACGACACCGUCCGGGAUGAUGGCAAAGACAUAGCCGACUAUCAAUCCUUUGCGCUGUUGACGCAAACCUGCCUGCUGAUCGUGGUGAGCGCUCAGAUGUUUCUCGACACGGAUUAUUGGACAGCAAUUAACCAGUUCUUCCUGUGGGGCAGCCUGGCUGCCUACAUCGCUAUCACCUUCACUCUGUUCAGCAACGGCAUUUUUUUCAUGUUUGCCUACAGCUUCUACUUCAUUGGCACAGCGAGGAACUCUUUGAACCAGCCAAACGUGUGGCUGACGAUGUUCCUGACUUGUCUUCUCUGUGUCAUCCCGUUUGUGGCCUUUCGCUUCCUUCUCAUCCAGCUUCAACCUACCAUCACUGAUAAGGUGAAGUAUAAGGCGCGACAGGAGGGCCUGCCGGCUCCUGCUCCUCGCCGGCCACCGGCCAGGCGGAUCAGCACCCGCCGGUCCAGCUACGCCUUCUCCCACUCCAAGGGCUACGGAGACCUGGUGACCUCCCGCAAAUUCCUGCGCCUGAAGGGACGUCCGUCCCUGUUCACCCGAAAGAACUCUGCCCUGGUUGAAAAUCAGCCACAGCUCUAUCGCACCAUAACGGAGGAGGCGGAGGAGACGCAGAAUGUGGAUGCACUCAGGGACUGAAUGCUGUGUUCUUAUUCUGAAACCUAACUCAGGAUAACAUGUUAAAGGGUGCUAUGGUAACGACGCCUAAAUCAUGGCGUUAUUACAAUGGAAUUAACACUGAAUGAAUGUUUUUUCAAUUCAUUAAUAAAUAAUAACAUCACUGUGAAUAUGUAGACUUUGGCAUUGCGAAGAAAUAUCCAUUAAAAUGUCUCA